AUGGGCAGUCCUGAAGGGAGAGCCCCCCGCCAGGCCCCUUCCCCAAGAGCUCCCCCGACCACCUACCGAGCUCCCCAAAGGGACGGGGAGGGGGGGACGACUCGCAUUGCAAACCCCCCCCCCUCCCCCGGCCUCUCCUUACCUCCUCCGAGCGCCCCAUCGCCGUCGCCUCCCGCCCCGCCCCUCGCGCCCCAGCGCCCGCACGCGACGUCACUGCCCCGCGACACACGCCUCGGCGAAAUGGAAGCCGGUCCGGGCGCCGCCAUUUUCACCCUGUCACGUGAUAAAGAGGAGUCUGGUUUCAAAAGGAAACAAGCAAACGUUUGCCAUCCCUCAGUCCUCUCAAAGACCCAUCUGUGCCACUUUGGCAGCGGCAAGAAGCAAUGUUCACAGACCCCGAACUGUUACGGUCCGGUCAGCAGUCCCGCCUGUCCAAUGGAUAAACAGCUGGGAGACUUUGGUUGUUGGCAAAACAGCUUUUCCAGUUACAGAGAUUUGUUUUUGGAUCAUGAGGCCUCCUACGAAUGCCGUUCCACCAACCCCGGAACGGGCUGUGCCUUCGUGUGCCGCCGGAGCCCCCGGCUUCUAAUGAAUGGCUACUACAUCCUCACAGAGGACAGUUUCCUGUCCGAUGAAGAUGGCAAUGUCACGCUGAACCUCCCACAGACAAGCAUUACCUAUAAAGAGAAAUUAAUCAGAAUAUUCCGGAGAAGGAAGCGAAUCCGCCGAUCCCUUCAUAGUCUGUUCAAUCUGAGUGUGUCAGAUUCAUGGCUAAAUGGUCCUGCUGGCAGUGAUAUAAAUGCACAUUUUGUGGAGGAGUCUUGGCUGGAAAGAGACGGUGAAGUGGACGCCGGCCAAUAUGACAGCAAUGGCACUACUGAUGUUUCUUGGAGAGCUAAAGCCCACACAGAAGAAAAGCGCAAUCCAGCACCAAACUCACCAUCUUCUUCAAAAGAUAUUUUCAGAGGACCAAAAGCACACCAGUAUUUGUCUCCUUGCGCCUGUGUCCUGGCAGAAGAGGAGCUCCAUGAACAAUCGUUGGCCUUUACAACGAGGAAAGACAUUUGCCAAAUGCUCAUGAUCUCUACAGGGUUCAUCAUUUCUCUGGGCACAAGAUUCUUCUUGGGAGGACUGCUUACUAUUCUGCUGAGCUGUUUGCUGCUGUUCCUCUUAAUCAGCAAAUUGAGCGCUUAACCAGUUCAAGAGAAUAAUCUGCUCCCCCCACAAUCCAAUUCAAGUGAACAAUCUGUUUUUUUUUUAUUUUAGCAAGCCUUUAUUGGCAUAGACAAUAGUACAACAAUAAUAAAAAACGGAUUAAAAAGCAUAUACAAUACAGGAAAUAAAUGU